UUGAAAUAUCACUCCCUCAUCGAGACCUGCUUCUUGUGAGGCAGAAAUGGGAGCGACCCUUUUCUUGUUCUCCAUUUCUCCAACUAAAUGCAUUCCAAAAGCAACAGCAACACAGAAACUCCAUAUGGGCAAUUCCCCUUUUUGCUUAUCUUCAGCUUCUCGACCACAAUUAUCUUUUCCUAAUUUCAGACAUUAUGGCCUCUGCUCGGUUAUUAUGGCCUCUUCUUCUUCUUCUCCUUCUUCUUCGCCAAAAGCUUCUACCAAGCUCUAUGUCAGUGGGCUUUCAUUCCGUACCACGGAAGACAGUUUAAGAAAUGCUUUUGGAAAAUUUGGCCAACUUGUAGAAGUCAAUCUGGUGAUGGAUAAAAUAGCAAACAGGCCAAGAGGGUUUGCUUUCCUCCAUUACGCAACCGAGGAGGAAUCUCAAAAGGCUAUCGAGGGAAUGCAUGGAAAGUUUUUGGAUGGCAGGGUAAUAUUUGUGGAAGUUGCUAAACCAAGAUCAGAGCUUCGUCAAAGUCCCAAACAAAAUCCAAGACGGUUUUGAAGAGCAGCAAUGGAAUCGCUAUUCUUGUCAAAGAUGCUAAUUGCUACUGCUAAUUAAGCUGGAAUUUUAUCAUUCACUAUUCUCAUGCACAAUGUCAAAUGGCUUUAUUCAUCAUAAUUCAUAAAUGGCUUCUAUUAGCUCAUAAGCUCUCUCUCUCUCUCUC